CUCAGAUGUAUGUCUUCCUUCUGGACGCUGUCAGGAAUACUGCAGAAUUUGGGUGAAAUUGUGUUCUCCCCUUGCACUCGAAUUAGUGGUGAUCAGUAGGCGUAGUAUAGGCCAAAGAGCAGGCCCUGAGGUCAGUGCUAUCAGAAGGGCAAUCUCACAAUUAGAUUAUACACAGAUGCCAGUUUAUACAGUACACCUAACUAAAACUAAUGCAGUCUGCUACAACAGUCUUGCAGUACGUCCUACCUUCAUAUCAUGAAGUGGAAAUGUCCCGUCUCAUUCACAAGCUGUACUUUCUUAAGUUGGAGGAAAGAAGACUCUCAGGACGACAUUUGUCAGAGAGUGGGGCCCUUCCUCACGGACAUCAAGAAGACAAGAAUACUCAGUUUAACGUGCUGUUGAACAUCCUCAUCAUUAUGUGUUUUUUAUGUUUUUUCCAGUUUGCUUUGUUUCCCUGCUGGUGUGGGUGUGUUCGUUAUUGUUCUGGGUGGAACAGGUUCGGUUCCUACGCCUUUAAGAAAUGAAUACACUGAUCCUGCUGUCACGAAUGUUUGAGAGACGUGUUCAUCCAGGACGAUGGUCCUUUUGGAGGCUACAGUUUGUGUUGCUGUUGAACUGCAUUGUACUGACCCAUAUGGCCGUAUGUUUUUUGUGCAGGUACGUGUUUAUUUACAGCUCUUUCCUCUUUUCUUACUUGCAGUUCCGCCUCCAACAAACGUGGCUGUGAGCUGCCAGAAUCUCAAAGUCACAGUCAGCUGGGAAUACAGCCAACAGCAGCCAGAAACCAGCUUCAGGGUGCACAUCAAAGGCGCCACUGGGGAAUCUGAGAAGGAGACCACAGUCCAUCAGUAUGAUCUGACCCCCUUCAUCUGGGCAUAUGAAGAGCGCUACAUGGACAACUUCUUUGUCACUGUGACAGCUGUCCAGGGAGGCAACCAGUCUGAAGCAGUGCAAUCUGAAACGUUCAGCUUUAACUAUUUAAAGCCAACUGUUAGAAGAUGUGAAUUAGAUUUCCCUCAUGUGACUCUGAAUGUGAAGGAGGCCACUGUGACUUUCAGAAAUCCUCUGCACUUCUACAGCGAACUGAAGCAGGCUGACAAGCCGGAUGAUGCUUCCUUUAAAUUCUAUGUCUCUUCAAAACACGGAGAUGUAGCCAAUGAUUGCACAGUGAAAGAGGAAAACUGCCGCUGUGAUAUCUCUUUUCCUGAGGGUGUGGACAAGUGCGUCUCGCUGAGGGGAAUGUUGUUUGAUGGGAUUGGCGUUAACCAGGUGAUGUUCAGACAGACCGGUGACAUCUGUGAAAGUAACGAGGCUGGGGUCCAUGUGAUCACACUUGUUGUACUGCUGUCCCUCACUGCCUUCAUAAUCAUUGUGAUAACAAUUUUAAUCUGUAAAGCGAAGGCCUGGACGAUGGAGACACCCAGUCUACCCAAGCCUCUGCAACCAGACCUCAGGGAACGGGACUUGAGGUACGAUAUUGUGUCCGACACCGACAUCAGCGCUGUUGGGCUGACUGUCAAAAAGAAACCUUUGAUUUGCUCUGAGGAGGAGAAUUAUCCCGCCAAGAACCUCCAGCACUGCAGCUCUGAUUUCCAGCCUCCUUACAGCUCCAGCAUGGACAGAGGACUUUUGGAGGGCAGAAACCAGGAGCUGGAAGCCGUGGCGUUGAUAUCAGAGGGACACAGGACAGAUGAGGACUCUGCAGAUGACUCUGAGAAAACAGAGUGUGUCUCCAUUAAUUUGGAGGAGGAGGAAGAGGAAAGGUCCCCCUACGACUCCCCACAUGUUCUGCAAGUGGACAUGGGUGACGGGGACAUGGCCACAGGUUACACCAGCAGCUAAGACACUGUCAGAGGACUUUUCUGGGGGAGAUUGGGAGGAAGUUCAUUUAAUUAUGGCUUUAACUCCAGGAUGGCCGUCACAUGUUCGUACCUUGGGGCCGACUGAGCACAAUAAAGCCUGAUCCAGCAUACUCAGAGAGAAGCCAGGAAUAACUGCACUGAUUGAAACUGAAACCUUACUCUCUGAAGUGACGCUGAAGUGGCCCUCCUGUACCUUCAAACUGAUUUUUCAGGACCGUAUGUGGCAUUGAGGGCGACCCAUAACCCAUUUUUUAAUAAGAAGAUACAGAAGUUAAAGCUGCUGCUCGACUGUGUUGUAGCGCAGAAACAAUGUGGUGAUCAUCCAGUCACCUUCCGGCAGGUUUCAGCUGGAUCUCUGAGCCUCAGACGGCCUCUGCUCCUGCGGCAUUUUAUCAGAUGCAGCGGUGCGCAUUCUUGUCUGAGAGCGGCUGCUUCAAAACAGAACAAUAAGAUUUUUAUCCAGAACUGACACAAACCACAGCCAAUCACACGUUGUUUAAGCACUUUGCUGGAACUUUUCUUUUAGUGUCAUCUGACAUUGUGUGUGCAGCUGUUGAUGAAAUGAACACUCCGUGCAUUGUUUUUUAUCUUGAUGUUGAGGUCAAUGAAUUAAGUUUUUCUUGUGUGAACUGAGCCUUUCACACCUUCAGGUUGUUGCGACCGUGUAGAACAGUUUUUCUUGCGAGUUAAACUGAGCACCGCAUACAGUCUGGACUUUCCACCCCUGGCAGCAGAUUUACAUAGCGUCAUAAAUACCUGUCAAUGUUGGUGCCACAUUUAACAAAUACACCGCGCAACCGCUGUCAUGUGCAGCUGCUGGACGACCUGCUAAACCAGUCCUGCAGGCUGCGUGUUGGGAGUUUAAUGAUCAUAUUUUUUAAUCGCAGAACAUUUUGUUUAAGCUCUUGUUGUCGUAUGUCUUAUGCAUCAGUAAAAUGCUGCUUUUACAGUAAUUGUUCAGUUUGAUUUAGGGUUAAACACCAAAGCCAAAUAGAUUUUUUUCAUUUUUUUUAACCUUACUGAACACGUCUUCUGCUUCUAAUACCAACAUGAGAUCUGAAUUUAUCAAAUAAAAUGGAUUUUAUUUUUUAAAAAUCUGGUGUCAGUCGUUG